UCGAUCUUCGAGAAAUCGAUCGACAAACGGAAGUGCAUCGUGGGAGAACACUGGAUGUCUUGUGUUUGGACUUAAUCAGCUAACUUGAACUUAUAUUUUCUUUGAACAAAGGAUACGAAGCAGCGAUUCUGCGACUAAACCGGUUUUCUUUUCACAUAUAUCCUGUGGAAUUAGACUUUACUCCGGGACUAAACCAUCGUGUAUCUCAGAACAGGAACCGUGUGAGCCAGGAUGGACCCAGCUCUGCUGAGGGAGAGGGAGCUGUUCAAGAAGAGAGCUCUGUCCACUCCGGCUGUAGAGAAGAGACAGGCCUCCUCAGACUCGGGAUCACACAAGAAGAAGAAGCCCAAAGUCGACAGAGAGAGCUCCUCGGGGUCCAAACACAGCGCUGAGUCCAGUAAUGGCAGUUUUAACAUCAAGGCGAGUUCUGGGUACAAAUUUGGCUGCUUGGCCAAGAUCGUCAAUUACAUGAAGACAAGGCAUCAGAACGGUGACACACACUUUCUCACCCUAGAUGAGAUUUUGGAUGAGACCAAACUUCUCGACAUCGGCAUGAAACAGAAGCAGUGGCUUAUGACAGAGGCACUGGUCAGCAACCCCAAAAUCGAGGUCCGUGACGGAACGUACGGCUUCAAACCAAAAUACAACCUGAAGGACAAGAAAGCUUUAGUGAGGCUACUAGACAAACAUGACCAGCUAGGCCUGGGGGGAGUCCUGCUGGAAGACGUAGAAGAGGGUCUGCCCAACUCCGCUAAGGCAAUUAAGGCUUUGGGGGAUCAGAUCAUCUUUGUGACAAGACCAGACAAGAAAAAGAUUCUGUUCUACAAUGACAAGCACUGUCAGUUUGCGGUGGAUGAAGAAUUUCAGAAGCUGUGGAGAAGUGUUCCCGUUGAUUCCAUGGAUGAAGAAAAGAUCGAGGAGUACCUGAAGAGACAAGGCAUCACCUCCAUGCAGGAAACAGGACCAAAGAAAGUGUUACCGGUUCAAAAGAGGAAGAAACAAGGUGGGCAGAGGAAGAGACACUUCAAAACUCACAACAACCACUUGGCAGGAGUACUGGAGGACUAUUCAGACGGCGUUCCUGCAAAGAAGUGAAGCCCCAGCCUCACUGCUGUAGAAGCUCUAAGUUACAAAUGGCUGCACACAGACUCUGACCACAGUAUGAUUUAAAAAAAAAAGACUUCUCAUGGCCAUCAACACAAUACAACUUGCUUCUACUAUCUUUGUAUUCUCUGUGGUCGUUGGGGUGAGUAGCACCUGUGUUGUGGAAUCUUUCAUUUAGUUUGAUGAGUGAUAGCUGAAGGAACAGUGUUCUGAGACCAUUCACUACACGCCAAAAGACUGUACUGCAACUGUUAAAAUGUAAAUAAGGCUCAAGUGUCUACAGCUUAAUUUGAUUCAGUUUGUGUUUAAGUGGGAUGCGUUUGCGAAAGGUUUUAUUUAAUGUGGGAGCUGCCUCUAUCAGGUUACAACUUUCCAUCCUUUGAACAGAAGGUGCAGAAAACAGGUUAGUGUUGUGCAAAGGCUCCAGGUCUCAUCCAGCAUGAAUUAUCUUGAACAUUCUUCAUGUUUCUCCAUUUAUUCAACUUUGCAGCAAUGCCAUAAUGGUUUUGUUGCUAGUAUUUUUGAGCAUAUUUUAAUAAAUUACUGUUUCACAA